AUGUGCGUGUGUGCGGGCUGCCGGGCUGCCGGGCGCCGGCGGCUGGCCGGUCCACUCCAGGUGGCUGGCGGCCGGAGCUUGGGAGUGGACAUGGACUUCGACUCGUACCAGCACUAUUUCUACGACUAUGACUGCGGCGAGGAUUUCUACCGCUCCACGGCGCCCAGCGAGGACAUCUGGAAGAAAUUCGAGCUGGUGCCGUCGCCCCCCACGUCGCCGCCCUGGGGCGCGGGUCCCGGCGCCGGGGACCCUGCCACUGGAAUUGGGCCCCCGGAGCCAUGGCCCGGAGGGGGCGCCGGGGACGAGGCGGAAUCCCGGGGCCACUCGAAAGCUUGGGGCAGGAACUACGCCUCCAUCAUCCGCCGUGACUGCAUGUGGAGCUGCUUCUCAGCCCGUGAACGGCUGGAGAGAGCCGUGAGCGACCGGCUGGCCGCUGGCGCGCCCCGGGGGAACCCACCCAAGGCGCCCGCUGCCCCGGACUGCGCCCCCAGCCUCGAAGCCUGCAAUCCGGCGCCCACUGCACCCUGUCCGCUGGGUGAGCCCAAGACCCAGGCCUGCUCCGGGUCCGAGAGCCCAAGCGACUCGGAGGGGGAAGAAAUUGACGUUGUGACAGUGGAGAAGAGACAGUCCCUGGGUGUCCGGAAGCCGGUCACUAUCACGGUGAGAGCAGACCCUCUGGACCCCUGCAUGAAACACUUCCACAUCUCCAUCCAUCAGCAACAGCACAACUACGCCGCCCGUUUCCCCCCAGAAAGCUGCUCCCAAGUUGGGGCUCCGGAGAGAGAUUCCCAAGAAGAGGCUCUGGAGAGAGACACUCCAGAGGAAAAGGAAGAUGAGGCGGAUGAAGAGAUAGUGAGCCCCCCGCCUGUAGAAAUCGAAGCUCCCCAGUCCUGCCACCCCAAACCUGUCAGUUCUGACACUGAGGAUGUUACCAAGAGGAAGAACCACAACUUCCUGGAGCGCAAAAGGCGGAAUGACCUCCGCUCCCGGUUCUUGGCCCUCAGGGACCAGGUACCCACGCUGGCUAGCUGCUCCAAGGCCCCCAAAGUAGUGAUCCUGAGCAAGGCCUUGGAAUACUUGCAAGCCCUGGUGGGGGCCGAGAAGAGGAUGGCCACAGAGAAAAGGCAGCUCCGAUGCCGGCAGCAGCAACUACAGAAAAGAAUUGCGUACCUCAGUGGCUACUGACUGACCAAAAGCCUGACUGCUCUGUCUUACAAAAAGACCCGAGUUUAUUUUUUAACCUUUCCUCUCCCCCUUAGUAAUUUGCACAUUUUGGUUACGGUGGGACAGUCUGGACAGUAGAUCCCAGAAUGCAUUGCAGCCGGUGCACACACAAUAAGGGCUUUUGCAUUCUUGGAAACCCUGAAACCCAGCUCUGCCUCUUCCCUGACUCACGGGAGCGCUGUGUCUUCUCUGGCGCCUCUGGCUUCUCGGGCAGGCAGCUGACUGAGGAGCCUCGGGGGCUGCCUAGCUCACUAGCUCUGAAGAAAAGCCUGACAGAUGCUAUGCAACAGGUGGUGGACGUUGUUGUCGGGGGGCUCCAGACUGCAUGAAAUCUCACACUCUUGAUGAGCUUAGGCUGGGAAAGGAUGCUCCCCCUGGUGUCUCUGGGGUGAUGCUAGGACAGCUGGGCCUGGAUGCUCUCUCUGAGGCUCCUUUUUUCAGGAGACACAUGAGCUGUCUUGGUUGAAGACAAGCUCGCAGACUUGAUCAACGUGGACCAUUACCUCACUGUCAGACACUUUACAGUAGCUGAGGAGUUGGAAACCUUUAAUAUAUAUAUUAUGAUGUUAGAUGACACCCCUCUUCCCACUCUAGUGCUGCGCUCUUGGGAGCAUUUAAGAGCUUGGCCUCUGGCUUCUUUGUCUCCUAUCCCUCCAGGCGCUUUCCUCUGAGAGAGACCAUUCUGUCCUCAUAAGGGACUUUUUUGUUUCCUCUGCCUUUGUAAUGCAGUGGGCUCCAGAGUACCCCUUUCCCCGCUGGUCAGAAAUAUUCCCCCAAGACACAGGGAGACUAGGAAGACUUAGAGUCCUGGCUGGGGAACUAGCUCCCUGCCCCAGUGUUUACCUAGGAGCCCAUCUUGGAAUCUUAAGGCAGGUCUCAGGCUACUCAGGAAGGAAGAACUCUGCUACUUCCUCUUUCCUGUCAUCUCACUCUCUGCCUGACACAUUUGAAGUUCUACCAGAACCAUGUAAAACCUGUCCUUGUGUAACUUCAGGGAGCUUGUGGGCUCUGCAGCCACCCUUGGGCCCCCUGCCAGCCUGACAUGAGUCAGAUCCCUUUCCCAGAAUCUGGGCCUCACUGAAGCUCUUAAUGGGGUUGCCGAUGGGACUUAUCCAGUGCUUCAGAAAGUGGACUAGCUUCCCGGUGGGUUCUAAAGGAGCUCUGCUUAGUGGACCUGGCACCGCCAAGUGGAAUCCAGGUGCAGCCUCCAGUCCAGGAAAGGCACCCAACCUAACAGGUGUUAUGUGGGCAGCCUCAGUAGCCCAUAAAGCCUGGCCUAGCAGAAGGAUCAGCCCCUUUAGAACUCUGCCCAGGGCAGCAGGUGCCUGCUGGCUGUGGGUUUGCAAGUGGGGGUGGGGGAGUGGUAGAGUGCUCUGUAUAGCUCUGGAAAGCCAGCUGCCACUUACAGACCUGUUGUACAUGAUGGGCUGUUUCUGUGGUUGCUUCCUGGGCUUAGAGAACUUCAGUGUAAGUUUGGAAAGAGCCUCUCUACCUUCCGGAGCAUGGUUUUCAGGAGCCAACUAGCUUCUGGAACUGUCUUGGAGAACAGGUGGGAUACAGGUUACUGAUGUCUCACCUGAAUAGCUUGUGUUUUAUAAGCUGUUGUUGGAUAUUAUGCUGGGAGCAGUCUUUUUGGUUUUUUUUAAUACUGUAUUUUUGUAUGCCUUUUGCAAAGUGGUGUUAAUUGUUUUUGUACAAGAAAAAACCUCUUGGGCAAUUCUCCUAUUGCAAGAGUCUGAUUUAUUUUGAAAGGCAAGUUUACCUAAAAUUUUGUAUUUAGUUGUGAUUAUGGAUUGCCUGAUUUUAAAAUGUUGCCUUCUGGGACAUCUUCUAAUAAAAGAUUUCUCAAACAUCUGA